CAAUACACUUGCUAGUGUCAAUAUAAUGGCUGUUUGGUUUUGGAGGCACCACAAUUUCAUCGCGGAACAAUUGGCAAAGAUCAACCCGUGUUGGGAUGACAAUACGCUCUUUAAUACAGCGAGAGACAUAAAUAUCGCUGUAGCUAUACAGAUAUAUUUUUAUGAGCUGUUACCUCUUUUCUUGGGUCGUGACAAUUUGGUCAGAGAUGGUGUAUUAUCGUCUUCGUUUGGAUACAGAGAUGCGUACAAUCCUGAAAUACUACCACAAGUUUCGCUCGAGUACCCGUUCGUUUUGCGAUGGCUCCACAGCGUCCAGGAAGGCACCCUUAAAAUGUACGACACAAAGGGAUAUUAUCUCAAGCAGUAUCCGAUAGUGAACCUCACUUUGAGAACAGGCUUCUUCGAUGUGGACAAUAACAUAGAUUAUAUAACACAAGGAGCUUUCAGACAAGGCAGUGCUAAUAUUGACCAUACAGCUGAUCCUGAUAUCGUUGAUAUCGGCUUGGGUCCUCACCAAAGAGCAUCGGAUCUGAUGACAAACGACAUCUCCAAGAACAGAUAUUUUGGAUUCCAGCCUUACGUUAAAUACCACGAAUUUUGUUUCGGUAAAACGAUCAAAAAAUGGGGAGACCUGGAAGGAGUCAUUGACCCCGAGAGGAUCGAAAUACUCAGAGAUUUGUACGAAGAUGUUGAAGACAUGGACCUCUUGGCCGGUAUUUGGGUUGAGAGGCGCAUUAAAGGUGGUUUCGUGCCGCCAACCUUCUACUGCUUGGUAGUGGAACAGCUAGUCCGCAAUAUUGUAUCUGAUAGACAUUGGUACGAGAGCUCGGAAAGACCCAACGCCUUUAGUUUACAACAACUUUUCGAAAUAAGGAAAGCUAGUAUAGCUCGAAUCCUUUGUGAUGUUGCCGAUAAGGUCACCGAAAUACAGCCUCAAGCGUUCCUGAGACCACAUUCAAGAAACAGAAUAAGUCGCUGCGAGAAUAUUCCCAGCAUCGAUUUCGCAGCCUGGAAGGACUUCAAAUGCAACGAACAGUACACCUGGCAAUUAGUAAAUGAAUAGAACAUGUUUCUAUUCACUUAUGUUAACGAAUUCUAUCCUCACAUUAUAAUUUAGUUACUAGUGGUCCCGCGGUAGUCGAAAUUCGACUAUAAUUAAUUGAAAUUAUAAGUUUGAACAUUAUUAAGGUUCUAUUGUCAAAGAUACUUCUUUAUUCACAGAUUUCGCCAAGACCACACUAUAGACAAAUAAUAUGAAAGAUAAAACAAUAUUAGCCUAUUCUCAAUUUGACCACAGACUUUAAGCUAUAACAAAAGUUUGACAAUAAACAAAAAGUAUAUAUGCGUGUUUGUGUGUCAAAUACGUGGUAGUGUGUGUACUGUUUUUUUUUUAUUGAUUUAAUGUAUUACAUACAUAAUUUUUAAAAAAUAUUAUCAUUUUGCACUCCUCUAUAUUUUAUAUAUGUGUGGAAAAUUUCAUACUCCUCCGUCCGCGCAAUUUUCGUAAAAAGUUUUUUCUUCACGUAUUAAUAUAUGGAUUACACAUGAUAUAGUAUUAAAACUAUGUAUACUGACUGAAAAAAUAUUCUUUACAAUUAAAUUCAAUUAUUUAUCGCAAAUACUAUUAACGAUUAAUUGUAGUUUUAGAUGAUGCGGUGACGGGCUGACGUUUGUUUUAAGUGAUUACGGGAGUCCAUAGACAUCAACCUUGACAUACCGGAAGCAUAAUAGCGGCCAGAGUAUUACCCACAAAUAAACUUUGAUUAUAAGUA